AUGAAGAGAGCAAGUCUUGUACAAGACUGUCUGGCAAACCUACCUUGGCUGCUUGUCCUAAUAUUUAGUCACAGAGGACUUUCUAACCAGAGAAUUCACUGCCAGUGGGGGCCUUAUGGGGAAUGGUCUGAGUGUGAUGGUUGUACCAAUUUAAAGACGCGGAGCCGUGCCAUGGUGGUCUAUGCCCAGUUUGGAGGGAAUCCAUGUGACGGAGAGCGCACCCAGACCAGCAGCUGUGAGACCACCAAAGGCUGCCCCCUGGAGGAUGGAUGUGGGGACAGGUUCCGCUGCAGAUCAGGAAAGUGUAUCAGUAGGUCACUGGUGUGUAAUGGAGAUCAGGACUGUGAGGAGGAUAAUGACGAUGAACAUAUGUGUACCUUGGCUCAAGCACACAUCGUAUGUGAAAAUGGGGAGAACGCAGGCCUGCCACCUAAUAUUGAACAGUUAGGAUUGGGGUAUGAUGCUGUCCUAAGAAUGACGAAGGGCAGCGUGAUCAACACAAAGAGCUUUGGAGGCCAAUGUCGUAUGAUCUUCAGUGGUAACCACAGAGCUUUCUACAGACUGCCGCUCAGCGUCACACAGUAUAACUUUUUGGUCCAAGUUCAGAAGGACUACAGCGAUGAGCAGUACUCCAGUAAAUGGAAGUAUGCUAAGGACAUAGUCAACAGGGAGACUGUAAGAGGCACUACAUCAGGAUACCGCAACUACGACUUCCACGAGACGGAGGACAAAACCCAGAGGCGCAUGCUGCUGGUCUUAAAGAACAAGAUAGAGGUCGCCCAGUUUCAGCAUAACGCUCCUCAGCACCUCCCCAUAUCUGAGGAGUUUUGGAAGGCGCUGGUCAAAAUCCCAACCGUCUAUGACUACGCCGCCUAUCGGCAGAUCCUCAAGCGUUUCGGCACCCAUUACCGCUCUGAGGGACGCCUCGGGGGCUCCCUCGAUGUCAUUGUCAGUAUUGACCAAGAAACUGCCACACAGAGGGCCCAGGAAACUUGGAAGUAUGACGAAUGUGAAAGGACAGAACGCUGGUUUCUGUUCUUCCCCAUAAUCACAGAAAAUUGCGACAGAGAUAGCCGUGACCGUACAUUGCAUAGACCCCCAGAUGUCAGCAGAAAUAUUGUUCUGAGGAAAGCAGAUGUGACUGGAGGGCAGCCACAGCAUGCUGCAGCACUGAAGAACAUGGACCUCAAUAGUCCGGCCACGAAUUGGGAAAUGUACACAAGCUGGUCCGAGUCUGUCAGAUCAUUUCCAUAUGUGUUUAAGCAAACGUUACGGCCUUUGUCAGAGCUGGUGAAAGAGGUGCAGUGUGCGGAAGUGAAGAAGGUGUACCUGCGCAGGGCCAUAGACCAGUACCUAUUUGAGAGCCACCCCUGCCACUGCCGGCCCUGCAGAAACAAUGGCCUCGCUGUCAUGGAUGGAGAUAAGUGCGUCUGCAUCUGUAAGCGUGGGACAUCUGGACUGGCCUGUGAGCAGGGACAAGAGUUGGAGGGUCAGCCAGGAGUGAUCAAUGGUGGCUGGUCCUGUUGGUCUGCAUGGACGUUAUGCUCUGGGGGUCAGAGGUCGAGAAGCCGAUCCUGCUCCAAUCCCUCUCCCCAAAAUGGCGGUCAGCACUGUAACGGAGAGCCAAUAGAGAAAACUGAAUGUGAAGACCAGGAGCUACAAUACUUAAAGACAAUGGAGCCCCAGUGUUUUGACCUGUCCAUCUCAGCAAAAGAGAGGUGUGGAACGCCACCUGCUCUUGUCAAUGGCUUUAUUCUGGACCUUAAAGACGUAUACCUUGUAGGUAGCAGGAUUGAGUACACCUGUACUUUAGGUUACCAUUUGAUUGGCAACAGGAUAUUGGAGUGUGCGGUUGAUCAAACGUGGUCUGGGAGUCCUGGAUUGUGCAUGAAAACAAGAUGCAAGAUCGAUUCCCUCAGCAAGGGUGUCAGCGCCUCUCCAUGGAAGGAGUCCUAUGACAUAGGAGAGAGGAUUACUCUUUCCUGCCCCCUGGGCAGCCAGAUACGAGGAGAAAGCGAGAUCAUCUGUGACUCUAGUCUGCAGCUUUCACCUAACCCAGCCGAGACCACAUGUAGCAAAGUCACUGUACCACAACAACGGAACACUUCAGCAGUGCAUUGUAAACCCUGGGAGAAGUUUUCCAGUGGCAAAUGUAUUUGCAAAAUGCCUUUUGAGUGCACAUCUUCUUUGGUGGUGUGUGCCUCCAGUAGAACAGGCACCUUGAGCAUAAGUGUGUGCGGGAUGCUUGCCAUGCAGUGUCUAGGGAGAAGGGUUACGCUAACAGAGGACAGCAGGUGCCAGUGGCCAAAACGCACAUCUACCUCGUGUACCAAUUGUCCAAUGUGGGAGACGUGUGACGCUCAAACCAAUAUGUGUCGAUGCAAGGAGCCCACAGAAUGUUUGGUCCAAGGGAUGAGUGUGUGUGUCCGUGUCGGAGAAGAUCUGACUGCAGCCAAUCAGACAAUGAGUGAGUGUGAAGCAGGACUACGGAAAUGCAAAGGAGACACAGUGACAGUCAUUAGCCCCGUGCCCUGUGAGUCCUGAGGACAGAGGUGAGGCAACCUCACAACACCCUGCACCUCUUCUAUCUGUUCACCCUCUAUUGUUGCUCCUUCAGGUUACUCAUCUUUGUCCUAUUUCUUAAUUGGUUAUGGAUUAUAUUAAGUGUUAUGUACUGCAUACAUCAGGCAUACCUGAAAAUGAAACAAAUUCAAAAUUCUGUUUAGGCAAGUCUGCCUUCUCUCUGUGUUGUCCUGAUGAGGGGGUCUGAA